UGCAGGCGCUCCGAGUUGUGACAAAAUAGCAACCGUCAAAAGGAAAACAAAUUAGCGAGCGAAACGCGACAGGUUGUAUGCGUUGUGACAGUGUAUGGAAAUGCAGAGUAAGUUAACCAGCCUAAACCUAGUAGGUCGUUUUUAUUAACUUUUUUUUUUUUUUUUUUUUUUUUUCUUACCGAAGCCGCAGCUGGGUCUCGCAUGAGAACAUAGAGAAGCGGACACGCACUUUUCCUCAACCUGACUCGUUCUGCCUGACCUUCAGAGCGGACAUGUGGUGAGCUGCUAAGCCAGUGUGUACCUCUUUGUGAGCUCUCCCCCCCCUCUCAAACAGCCAUAGGAUCUGGGCAGUUUGAAGUCAUUGAGACGACCAUGAACUCCUGUGUAUUCCAGAGUAUUCCAGAGUCACAACUUCAUUCACCUCUCGGGCUGGACUGUGGUGCUCUAACGUCGGCUCGCCCUCCCCUGCCCCCCCGCCCCUCAGCCAUGGCCUCGCGCAUCGGGCUGCGGAUGCAGCUGAUGCGAGACCAGCUGCAGCAGGAGGAGCAGCGUGAGCGGCAGCAGCAACAGCAGCAGCAGAAUGCAGCCCUGCAGUACAUGCAGCAUCGCAUGGCACCGCCGGCCCCUACGCCAGCCAUUAGCACGCCACAGCAUUACCAAAGCAUGCAGGUCCCUGUGGAGGUUCUGAAGGUGCAGACCCACCUUGAGAAUCCAACAGACUAUCACAUCCGUCAGUCACGGAGACAACAAGUGAAAGAAUACCUUUCAACCACCUUUGCAACCAAACAGACGAUCCAUGCAGUUUCAGCGCCACAGCAACCAUCUCCUCCCGCAAACCUGGUACCUACAGGGGGUUCUGGGUCUGCACCUCAACCUCAACCUCUCCACUCCCCACACAUGCGGACAGAACAGCUCAUGUCCGGCAACAGCACACCCAACAGCCCCAUGGCCAUGCUCAAUAUCGGCUCCAGCCACGAGAAAGAGAUGGAUGAGGUCAUUGAUAACAUUAUCAGCAUGCAGUCCAAUUAUGAUGACGGUCAGCCAUAUAUUGAUUCUGUCCAGAUGCCAAACACACUCCCCCUGUCAAGCAGUCACCUGGAUGUGUACACAGGUCCGGGGAUGAAGGGGCCCGCCAUUGCUAUGACAAGCAACUCCUGUCCUGCCAACCUGACCAUCAAGCGAGAAAUCUCAGAAGCCCGUGCGCUGGCAAAGGAGAGACAGAAGAAAGACAACCACAAUCUGAUUGAAAGGAGGAGAAGAUUCAAUAUUAAUGAUCGUAUCAAAGAACUGGGCACCAUGAUUCCCAAAACUAACGACCUUGAUGUGCGCUGGAACAAAGGCACUAUAUUGAGGGCAUCUGUAGAGUAUAUUAAGCGUAUGCAGAAAGAUGUUGAGAGAUCCAGAGAAGUGGAGAACAACUUCAAAAGGAUGGAGAUGGCCAACAAACAGCUGCUGUUUCGCAUCCAGGAGUUGGAGAUGCAGGCUCGUCUGCAUGGCCUGCCGAACAGCUCUCCUUCUCCCCUCAACCUGACUGACCUGAUCCCUUCUUACAUAAAACAAGAGACCAGUCCAGAGGACAACAUUUCUCACGCUCAUCCCCAGGCCCAUCAGCAGCCCCAGCACCUCCACCAUAGUCAGCAGCAGCAGCAGCAGCAGCAGCAGCAGCAGCAGCAGCAGCAGCAGCAGCAGCAGCCGCCCCAGGCCCAACAGCACCACUUCCUCCCCCAGACCCACCUCCACCCUCAGAACCAGGGCCAGCCUCAACCAGGGCAGCUCCCACCACUCCCACAACACCUGCAACCCCAGCAGCCCAUCCAGUUCCCAGCUGUGGGGAGCUCCCAGCCCUUUGACUUUGCCCAGUCGCUGGACUUGUGCGACGGGAUACCCGGAUUCUCAGAUGCCAUGUCAGGGCUGGGCGACCUGAGCGGACUGGAUGUCCAGGUGAGGAGAGGCGAUAUGGGCUUCUUGAUGAUGGACGAACCUUUGUCCCCUAUGGGCGGAGACCCACUACUCUCUGCAAUGUCCCCCGAGGAAUCUGUCGACUCCAGCCGCAGGUCCAGCUUUAGCAUGGAGGAUGGAGACAUCAUGUAGACAGCUGUGUGCAAACAUGCACUCACUUAAACGUGAGGUUUCAGAGUGGUUGAAACAAACAGCAUACAAAAAAAUAGACAAAAAGGAAGGAAGGAGCGUUUGAUCUAGCACACAAGUUUCACGCAGACCAGUGAGAUUUAGUUGUGGGACAGUUAUAACUUCUUCAAGGCGUGGAGAAGGUCCACAGCAGCCACACCGAUGGAAACAUGCUGUAAGGAGCGAGUAAUACUGCAUACACAUACAGCUAGCUCACGGCCAGGUCAGUGAUGAAGCAAACUUGGCCUCAUUUCUAUAAAGGUGGUUCUGGCUCAUAAUUGAUCAGCGGACAAACCAGCAGCUAAUUAGAAUGACGCUAUCAGAUGCAAGGACAACUAAGUGCAUUGUCUCACAUCAUAUGAGGACAAAUUAUUUGCCCCACACACAACCUCAUUCAGUAAAUGAUUGAACGAAUCACAGUUAAUAACAUUGAAAUAGCUUUAUGGUCCUGCAUGUAUAAUUCUUCUUGAGGGGAAGCGGCGGGCUCACUUUGUUGUGUUCCUGACUGUGGUUCUGUCCCACUUUGCUUUAGCCUUGAGCAUUAGUUGUUUAGCAUUUGACAAAGAUUUGUUAAACUGCUAAGCUGGAAUGUAUUCUUUAAGCUUCCCCAUCUUAUGACACAUUUUAAAAUGGUUUGAAGCAGAAAAUUCAGCUUCCGGCAAAGUCCCCUUCAUGUAAUCGAUGGCAUAUCUACCCAACGUUCACCUAAAAUUCACGUACACACCCGCGCAGACACUGCCCUCCCUCGUGUUUUACACUUCUAACUCUCGACCCUGUCAUGAUGAGACUUAAGUCUUUUGGUGAAGGGUAGAGCAAACCUUUGAAUCAUCUCGAAAAAAAGAAAAAGAGAAGAAAUCAGCAUGAACAUUGAAUUCUGUGAAGUGUUGCAAUGCUCAGGUACUGUAACAGAAAGCACAAGCAGGAUCAGUUUUCCACGGAAGGAGACGUUAGCCAGAAGGGUGUCGAGGCCGCAACCUCCGUCUGUGUGAAUUUUGAUUCACGCAGCUGCUUCUCUUCAUAUUUUAAAAUGUUGGAGAGCAGACAUAGCUUUAGAUUCCAAAUCACAUCCACUUUUGCCUGUAAAUGGAGUUUGCUUCUGUUUGCUUCAGCUUUACCUUUUUUUUUUUCUUUUUUUUUUUUAAUUCAAGAGAUAAACUGUUAAUUAUGUAUUUAACUCAGCGAAUUUGUGAGGGCAGGAGAUCCAUGCAAAGGAAAGAUAAAAUGAUGAGCUUUUACUAGCCACAGAACAGAAACGUGCUCUUCUUUUCAUUUUUAGCUCUCAAAGCAAAACAUUAGGACAUGAAACAUUAACACGCAGACUCUCACCUAUCGCACAUUGCUGCACUCGAAUACAUGCACGUGAAGUGCAGCGUGCCUCCCGGCUGUGUUCGGAUCAGCUCACAACUCCCGUCUCGUCCGUUGUGAUUCCCGUAAACCUGCCAGUUGCAGAGGCGAGGCUCAGGUCCGUCACACACGCUGCCACCUGAAGGUAACUCACAACUCCAGCUGCCACCGUGAUGGCUGGAGCGAGUUGUUUUGAAGGCCCCGCUGUGUUACACCCGAUGCUCGGCUUUGAAUUGUUAUCGCUUUUGAUCAGAACUGAUAAAGUUAGUAAAACAAUGUUGUUAAUUUUUUGUUUUUGUUUUUUUGAUUAAAAAAGUGUUUAUUUUCUUUAUUUUUAGAUUUUGUUGUUUAUUUUAUCUCCCAAAGCACUGGAAACUAUGUUAUUGUUUUGACUUUGUACGUGAAAUAAGACUUAUUUCAGAUGUUGUAUGCCACUAAGCCACUUAAAUGUAUUUUACUUCUGUUUGUUGUUUAAGUUUCCAACCUUUCCUCUCAGAGCCAUUUUGUUGAAGUAAACUGUAAAUGCGUUCCCCCCCUCUCUCUUUCACUUGUGAAACAAGAGAAAGAGUGGAACUUGUGGAGAGAUGAAGAGAUUAAGAAACUGUUUUAUAUCAAUUGUAUUUUCACCCCUGACCCCUUUUUAAUAUUUCAGAGCCAUAGAUUUAAGAUGAUUCUAUCAUUUGACUGAAAUCACAUAGGUUAACUGAGAAAGGUGAGGUGGUUCUGGUCUGACUGAAGUAUGUCAGAGUUCUCCUGAUUUUGCCCCCCACUCCACCUCACAGAAGCUCUGAGCCACUGUUUUGUGAUUGUCUGGUGUUGUACCACUGACUCAUUGACUCAAGUGCAUUUGUUGUUGUCCAGAAUUGUGGAGGGGCUUCUGCUACGGCUUUACUGUAGCUGCAGUCAUCCAGCCAACACUCCAAAGAGCUCCUCAGGUAUUCUCUGCUUGUCCACUUGAGGGCGCUCUGCAGAGAAACUACACAGGGAAAAGUGGUUCUGAAUUUACUGAAGAUAUAAAAUGUUUUACCAAAA